GCGGCUAUUACAGGAAAAAAAGAAGAAGGAAAUAACUGUAAUAAUAAAUUGAUCUCAAAACACCUGCAUAUUUUAAUUUUUCCCCCUUUUCGGCAACGAAUUGCAGAAAUACAAGUGGUUUUUCCUGGAUUUUCUAACACAAUUUUGCCCUCGAUCGGAUCCCCCGAAGUUACAUUGAUCGAAAGUUCCAGAGAGAAAAAAAGUGAAGCAAAUUUCAUUGUUUUCUUUUUCUUUAAUUUGGGCUAUGGAAUUAGUGAAAAUGAAUUGUGAGGCGGUGCCAGAAUGAAUAGUGGUGAGCCAAAUUCUGACGUUUGACGUGCCAAUCAUGUGGUUUUCCUUCUGGAGAUCCAGAGAUCGGUUCUCCUUAGACGAACUCAGUGUGCAGAUAUUUAACAGACCAGCUGCAGAAAGUUCAAAUUGUUAAUGAAGUUAAUAAGGAUUUUGUCAUUGAGGCACUGAGAUCUAUUGCAGAGUUGUUGACAUAUGGUGACCAGCAUGACUCAUCUUUUUUCGAGUUUUUCAUGGAGAAGCAAGUCAUGGGAGAGUUCAUACGUAUACUGAAGAUUAGCAAAGCUGUGACUGUUUCUCUUCAGUUACUUCAAACAAUAAGCAUUAUGAUUCAAAACCUUAAAAGUGAACAUGCCAUAUACUAUAUGUUCAGUAAUGAACAUGUUAACUACCUAAUAACUUAUUCAUUUGACUUCCGCAAUGAAGAGCUACUUUCUUACUAUAUAUCGUUCUUAAGAGCAAUAAGUGGAAAGUUGGACAGGAAUACAAUUUCUCUGCUUGUAAAGACUCGGGAUGAAGAAGUAGUUUCUUUCCCAUUGUAUGUUGAGGCAAUACGGUUUGCUUUUCAUGAAGAAAGCAUGGUUCGCACUGCAGUGCGUGCGCUAACACUUAAUGUUUAUCAUGUUGGAGAUGAAUUUGUCAAUAAAUUCGUUACUAGUGCUCCUCAUUCUGUUUAUUUUUCAAACUUGGUCUCAUUUUUCCGGGAGCAGUGCAUCAAUUUAAGCAAAUUGGUAUCUAACUGUCCAAAAAAUCCAUGCUCAGAGUCAGUCUCUGCAAUACUUGCUACUGUAGAUGAAAUUGAGGAUAAUCUCUACUACUUUAGUGAUGUUAUUUCUGCUGGGAUUCCUGUUGUUGGGAGGUUAAUAACAGACAACAUUAUGCAGCUAUUGAUACUUCCUUUGCUGUUUCCGGCUCUCCAGAUAGACCCUGACAGUAACAUGAAGAUUGGUGCAGUCACUUCUUUGUAUCUACUUUGUUGCAUCCUGCGCAUUGUGAAAAUCAAGGAUCUGGCAAGCACCAUUGCUGCUGCUCUUUUUUGUCCAGUAGAAGCCUUUGUUCCAAAUUCUGAAGCUACACUCAAUGGCUAUGUUUCUGGCAAUGAUUUUACACAUGAAAAUGAAGUGCCAGGCACUGAUAGUGUUACUCUGGUGAAUGCUGGACAAUUAUGUCUUAAUAUACCAAACAAGGAUUGUUCUUCACAGGUUCAUCCUGAAGACAUUGUCACAGAAAAGAAUUUUUGCAGUUCACAUUUGCCUUUGAGGGAAACUUUGCUUUCAUAUAUCACUGAUGGAGACGAUGUACGGGCCUUGGGCUCUUUGAGUGUGUUGGCUACACUGUUGCAAACAAAGGAAUUGGAUGAAUCAAUGCUAGAUGUUCUUGGCAUUCUUCCUCAACGCAAACAACACAAAAAACUCUUACUGCAAGCUUUGGUAGGUGAGGGCUCGGGUGAAGAGCAACUUUUUUCUUUUGAAAGUGGCUCCAUAAGAGAUGGUGUUGCUAGUGAGAUUGAUGGAUAUCUACAAAAGUUGAAGGAAGACUAUGGAGUGUCUUGUUCUUUUGCAGGAGCAGGAACAAGGGCAAGCCCUCGUAUAUAUAGACACCAGGUCCUUGAUGCAUUGGUCAGUCUUCUUUGCCGAUCAAAUAUAUCUGCAGAAACUUUGUGGGAUGGUGGUUGGCUUUUGCGCCAAUUGCUCCCCUAUAGUGAGGCUGAGUUCAAAAGUCAUCAUCUUAAAUUGUUGAAGGAUUCAUAUAGGAACUGCACAAGUUUUCUUCUACAGGAGACUAAAGGGAUCUGGCGUGAUCUACUUAUAACAGUGCUUUGUGAUGAGUGGAAAAAAUGCAAAAGAGCAAUUGAGGCUUCAUCCCCUCGAAAGGAGCCAAAGUGCAUACUUUUGUCAUUUCAGAAAUUGACUUCUGAAGAUAUUCCAGCUGACUCAUCGUUAGCUUCUGGUGAGAGGAUGAGUGAACUGGUGAAGGUAUUUGUACUUCUUCAUCAACUUCAAAUUUUCUCCAUCGGGAGGGCUUUGCCCGAGCAGCCCUCUAUCCUUCCUCCAGUUGAUAUCCCAGAAAUGUCCCGUGCCGGGGCAGCUGGUCUGGAUGUAUCAGGUCCAAGGCCGGGCACUGAAAUAAGACUUGUUAAUGCUUUGCCUUGUAGGAUUGCAUUUGAGAGGGGCAAAGAACGUCAUUUCUUCUUUCUAGCAGUUUCUAUGGGCACAUCGGGAUGGGUUCUCCUUUCUGAAGAGUUACCCUUGAAGCAGUAUUAUGGAGUUGUCCGUGUUGCCGCACCUUUGGCUGGUACAAAUCCUAGAAUUGAUGAUAAGCAUUCAAGAUGGCUACACUUACGGAUUCGUCCAUCAACUUUACCCUUUUCGGAUCCUCCCAAAUCUGGUGGACUUGGAAAAAUGAGAAUAAAAACUCUAGUUGAUGGGAGAUGGACCUUAGCUUUCAGGGAUGAUGAAUCCUGCAAAAGUGCUUUAUCUAUGAUUCUUGAGGAGAUUAAUCUACAAAGCAGUGAAGCUGAGAGAAGACUAAAACCAGUACUUGACCUUGAACUGUAGAUUCGUCAAAUUUUUCUCCAUAUCCUCUAAGUAUUUCAAAGUACAAACACCUUGGACUCCAUUAUAGUUGCCAACUUGUUUAAAUGGUUAGCUUUAUGCUUUUGCAGUGAGAGUUUGUGGUCUUUUCACUUUUUUGUAUAUAUGCUCCUAAGGCAACCCCAGAUAUACCCUCAAGUGUAGAUUAGCUCCGCAGAUUUAGUGCCAUUCUUUGUAUAUUAGCUAUCCCUUGCCUGAUUUGUUUGUUUAUUGGCCUUGCCUGCUCAUUUGGCCUUUAUUUUUUUUCUGUUCAUUAUCGAGCGGCUUCCUAGCUUAGGCUUUUCUCCCCCUAAUUUUGUAAGUUGCGUAACAUCGAUGUACAUUUGCAACCUCAUAGUAAAAGCCAUUGUGCAUUUCUUUUCAAAUCA